AUGUCAGAGAGAAACGAAGACUUCCAAGGCUUUGAUUUCAAUGUGCCUUACUAUGACGCUCCGCUAUUGGCCAAUGAGAGCCUACUGCCGGCAUGGCCUCCACACAACUCCCAGGAGUGCCAGGUUAAAGCUGUACCACCUGCAGCUCCAAGUCCCGCUGUGUCCAUUCAAACUGUGAGGAGUGCACCUCAAGCAAACUCUCCCUUUUUGAGAUUUGAAGAGCCCAGCCCUCUCCAGUUUCAACACGUCAGGGCGGACUCAAAUCUUUCUGACACUUGCUCGCUCAAUUUUCUUCAGGUGCAACAACAAUCCUCCACUCUGCCCGGCCAGAGGAGAGAUGCCAGUUCGUUGGAUCGAUUCUGGAUUGAAGUACCAUGGAACCCCAUGAAUACGAGGAACUUUAGCCGCCCUAGCAGUGAUUCCAACUCCCUCCAACGCAAUAUGUACCAUGAUUUGGGAAUGUGCCCCAGUGGCCCGUCAUCUGAGGCCGAGAGUUCGGCCCGUAUGGGCGAUUCAGGAUACGGCACCGCAUCAUACUCUUCUCCUAGCGACCAAGGACGAAGUCACGACAUCCCCUCCGAUGCAGUAUACACUCUUCCGAGAAGGAACGUUGGCUCCACAGUAGCGGAGGAGCCGAAUAACGUUUUUGUAUUCAACAACAACAGCAAAGUAGACCGGCUUUCGCAAUACAGCGGCCGCAGCCGGGCCAGGAGCGCGAUAUCUGGAAGAAAAUAUCACUGUGUCAUCUGCCAGGAGGUAUCCAAAUGCCAAUCGGAUCACAAGAAACACAUGCUCAGGCACAACAAGCCUUUCAAAUGUAACCUUGCGAAUUGCAAGCGCGGUGGCAAAGGAUUCGGCACCAUUAAUGAUCUGACCAGACACAAGAAAAGCGUGCAUGGCAUUCAAGUUCUCGAAAACUCCUACCGAUGCGCCUCUAAUGCCUGCAGAAACAAGGAAAAGGUAUGGCCACGUUUGGACAACUUCAAACAGCAUAUCCAAAGAAUGCACGCAGAAGAGAAUGAGCAGGACGUGAUCAGAAGAUCUGCAAUUGGAUUGCAGGCAGUGCUACCGGAUCGUUCAAUGCCUCCAAUGGAUGCAACGCUCGCCGGUAUAGGUACGGAGAGGCAGUGUUUCAGUAAUGAUGUUAACCACCCUACUUCCGGAAUUAGCUUAACCCCAUCCCAGGAACCCAAUCCAUGGAUUGUUUCCGAUUUGAGUCUGACACGACUCUCCCUGAGAGUGGUUAAUGAUGAAGGCUUCGAUCCAUAUCAACCCGAGAUCUCUAUCGAGCUCGACCAGGCUGAGAGAUCAAAAACCGUCGCUCCGAAUGGCUCGGGUCACCGCGUGUUAGAUUCCACGGAUCGGUCUAAAGUAGCCGGUCCUUGUUUGUAUGAUUCCAGUUCGUUAGAUUCAACAUCAUCUCAAUUUCCUUGGAAUCAUUUGGAGGAAUGUAAGGUUUUCGAAAAUCUGCGUACGCUGUCACGAUCCCGACCGCCUGAGACCGAAGAGCAGCAUGAGCAGCUGCGACAUGUCCACAAAUUCCUGCAGAACACCAAGGAAAGUAACUUUUUGGGUGACAGAGAGGAUACCGAAAACCUCGAUAUCGUGCUUUCUUUCCCUAAGAAAAUGGGACGGCAUGGAGAGGCCCUACCGGAGCGGGCAGAUUCUGUCGUUUCUUCAAUAUCUACAGAUGCCACCUGUGUGGGCAACGACCGCGAUGUCAAAUUCACAACAAUCUCGAAAAGUCACCUCAUUCAACUUGCACAGGCAGUUAGUGAAAAGGUCAACCAGAUCAAGUGCCCAACCUGCCAUGUACCCUUGAGGGGACUUCCGGACUUGGAGGAACACCUUAAACAACAUAAAAAUUUGCCACCGCACGCCUGCGUCGUCCCCUCCUGCGAUGCCCGCUUCGAAACCUUCCAAGCGUGGAAAUCUCAUGAGGAGAAGGAACAUUCCUACCCCGAGCUCUACUUCCGAUGCAAGCGCCUGCAACUUCCGACACAGUCAUCAUGUCAAGACAUGUUCCAGUCCGAAGAUGGCUUCAAAGAGCACCUGAAGAAAGUGCACGACAUACUCGACGACGACGACAGGGAGAGCGAAGCAAGAGCAUGCAAAUUGGAAUACUGGUGCGGAUUCUGUAGUGAAUUCCAGAAGACAUCUGCCAGGAGAUCCACUGGUCGAUACCAAGAACGUCUGUGCCAUAUCCAAAAGCAUGUAGACGAAGAGAAGAUGGUCCUCGAAGACUGGAAGCGCAUCGCAGACGAGGCGACAGGGGAUGAAUUGGAUCACCUCCAGGCAACGGUAGAAGCCUCCGAGACAAUCGAUGAUGACGAUGCAAUGUCAGUGCCUCCCGCUCUACCGGGUUGGGAAGAUCAAAGUGAAAUCGGACCAUCUCGAGAGUGUUAUGUUGAUGCAGAUAUGCUAGACCUUGACGGGGACACAAGCAUUUAUUUCCAGCACCAACCUGAACGACCGCGCAGAGGUGGAUUCGGAGAAUAACUAUUACCGGCAACACAUCUCUGAAUUCGGUCCCUUGGUUUUACUCCUGCGUUUUAGCAGUUCGACGUGACUUGGAACCCACACAUCGUCC